AGCACGGUUCGUUCUUUUCCAAGUGCGGAGGAAAAAUAAGGAGGAAAAAAAAUCUUGUGCGCGCCGUGUCCUUGUUCCGGUGGGACCUUUGCGAUCCGUUCCGACCGUGGAUCCGCGCGGAAUCUGCGACGAGUGAAGAUCCCUUUUGGGUACUUGCCAAAGUGCAGAUUGUGAUUGUUUUGUGCGAAAAUUUUCUCUCCCCCACACCCAGGGUCAAGGUUGACUUGGCAAGAUUGUCCGUAUUUUGAUCGGAGUGUCCUCGCGUAGGCCGGAAUUGGACUGUCGGCAGGACAGCGGCAGCAGUGGCGUUUAGCGCGACGGAACGUCCCCCGAAAUUAGAAUUCUAUGAACAAGGAUAAGCCAAGCAAAACCGACGGCGAUUCCAGAAUCGAUGAAGAAUCGUCGUCAUCCAGCGCGGCCACCACCACCAAAUCGUGCACACCGUCGUCGUCGUCGUCAUCUCGCUCGAAAGGCACUAGCCAAAAGCCCGCACCGACAGCCCCACUAGCUGGCACGUCCUCGUCUACCCCCUGCGAACCCCCCGCGGCCACCCAAUCCGAGGAAAUGAAGCGCGCCUCGGCGAAGAAGCUCAUCGAGCGGUACUUUUACCAGCUGGUGGACGGCUGUGGCAACCCAAAGUGCGCCAAUACGUUCUGCGCCUCGAGCGGCAAGGUGGAGAAGCUGACGCCGAAUGCGGCCGCAGCCCGCGCCAUCCAGCUGUUUACGCAGGACGCGCAACUGUGCGAUACGCACCCCUCGAAGAUGCCCAAGACGAUGGCCACUACUCCGGCGGCGGUGGCGACAACGACAACGGUGGCCGCGUCGUCGUCAUCGGGUCGGGGAGGAAGCAGCAGCGGAAAUGUGUCCGCCGGAAGCUCGUCGGGGUCCAGCUUCGGGUUGGACGAUUCGACCGUUAGCACCGAGCCGGGGACGGCUUGGGAGCUGCUCGGCAACAGCAGCGUGGACAUGGAGGAGAUCAACGACAGUUCCAACCUCGAAAUGGACUCGAUGGACGAGGAGGAAAUUCCCAGCCUGAUUAAAAAUCAACUCCACCACUACGAGGGCGGUGGGGGUGAACCGAGCACCAACAGUGGCAGCGCGUGUCCGUACUCACUACGCAGCAGCACCAGCACUAGUCAGGGCAGCCCGUCGUCGUUGUUUGCCGGCAGCAGUAAAAGCAGCGGCUCGUUGGCCGCCAAGAAAAAGUCCAGCCUGUUGAUCGGUUCCGGUGCCGGCGGUUCGUCCAAGGAAACGAACAAAAAGCAGCGCGAUUCCUCGCCGGUGGACUAUUUGGACGAGGCGAAGCUGCGGGAGUUGAUGGCCGCGUGCCAGCGGGACAACUCGGACACGCCGCUGAUCCGAACUUUGGGUGCCAUCUUUUCGUCGUACCAAUCGAUAGCGUUGAGCUUCCUGAAGAAGCCCAGCUCGAGCAUCGAUCGGAUGCUGGAGAAGGCGCCGGAGGAUUUGAAGAACCUCAAGAAGGAAGACCUGCGAACGCUCGAGGGAGAUCUGGACAAGGACGAGGACAGUGCGGCGGAGAAGCCACCGCCCGUUCAGGACAACCACCAGACCACGGUCGAUCUGGUCAGCUUGAGGCGCGCGAUGAAGGCGCUGUACGAGGCGCGAGCUUCCGUCUUUGGUCCCAUCAACAAUGCCUUACAAACGCUCGGCGAAUCGCUCAGCAUCGAGCUGCGCGUGCAGCUCACCCAAAAGGAGGACAUCGAGCAGAUCGUCCACGUGCUGGUGGUGGUGUUCGAGGUGCUGCAGAUUGGGACGGCGGAGUUCCUGGAGAUUUCGGUGCCCCGGAUUUGUGGCGCCGUGUGCCAUCUGCCGGUGUGGGCCCAAGCGCGGUUGGCUCGCAUUUGGUCGGUGCACUGCCGCGAAGGAAUUCAGCCCAUGCUGCAACUGCUGCAGCAACUGGUGACGAGCUCAACGCUGUCGCUGAACUACUACGUCAAGAUUCACGACAACGAGAUUGUGUGUAACGCAACGAAGGUGAUGAAGAUCGUUUUCUACGCCAACAUCCUGGCCGGCGACGUCGAACCGAAACACUUUCGCGAGGCCGACCUCAACGACGUGGCGCCGCCGUCCUACCUCUCGCUGAUCCCCGAGGACGACGAACCGCCGCUGUACAACAGCAAGGAGAAGAAGGCCAAGCAGCAAAAGCUCGAAGAUCCGCUUGCCGCCGAACUGGACAUCAACAUCCUGGACUGCCGAAGGCCGCACGUGCCGUACGAGGAGUUUUACAACGAACCCCUGUGCGACGUGAUCGAGAUGGACCACGACUAUCUGAACUACAAAAAUACUACCUCGGAGGGUGCGUUCUUUGCGGACUCGGCGAAGAAGUUCAGCUUCAUGCUGUACUCGUUCAUACUGACCCCGGCGACCAAGACGCUCGCCCUGUACUACGACUCGCGCAUCCGGAUGUACUCGGAGCGGAGGUUGAGCUUCCUGCACCAGCAGCUGGGCGGCGGCCUGCAGAGCGUGAAUCCGUUUCUGAAGCUGAAGAUCCGCCGGGAUCACAUCAUUGACGAUGCGCUCGUUGAGCUGGAGAUGAUAGCGAUGAGCAAUCCGAAGGACCUCAAGAAGCAGCUCGUCGUGGAGUUUUCCGGCGAGCAGGGAAUUGACGAGGGCGGCGUGUCGAAGGAAUUCUUCCAGCUGAUCAUCGAGGAGAUCUUUAACCCGGACUACGGGAUGUUCAUCAACCACGAGGACACCAACACGGUUUGGUUCAACUCGACUUCCUUCGAGAACGAGGCGCAGUUUACACUGAUCGGAAUUGUGCUCGGGUUGGCCAUCUACAACAACAUCAUCCUGGCGGUCAACUUCCCGAUGGUCGUCUACCGAAAGCUGAUGGGCAUGAAGGGUUCGUUCGCCGACUUGGAAGACUGGAAUCCGAUCCUGUUCAACAGUCUCAAGUCCAUGCUGGACCACCAGGACAACGACAUGGAGGAGGUCUUCAUGCAGACGUUCAAAAUCUGCUACAAGGACGUGUUCGGCACCGCCAUCGACCACGAGCUGAAGCCGGACGGUGACAAGAUCUUCGUCACCCAGGACAACAAGCACGAGUUUGUCGAGCUGUACACGGACUUUUUGCUCAACCAGUGCUGCGAGAAGCAGUUCAAGGCGUUCAAGCGCGGCUUCCAGAUGGUGACGGACGAAAGUCCGCUGCACCUGCUGUUCCGGCCCGAGGAGAUCGAGCUGAUUGUGUGCGGCAGCAAAAAGUUCGACUUUAACGAGCUGGAACAGUCGACCGAGUACGAGGGCGGCUUCACGGCCGAGUCGCAGACCAUCAAGGACUUUUGGGAGAUUGUGCACGGGCUGUCGAUGGAGUCGAAGCGGAAGCUGCUGCAGUUUACGACGGGUUCCGACCGCGUCCCCGUCGGUGGCCUCAGUCGGCUCAAGCUGGUGAUCGCCCGGAACGGGCCCGACUGCGAGCGGCUUCCGACGAGCCAUACAUGUUUUAAUGUAUUGCUGCUGCCCGAGUACGACUCGCGGGAAAAGCUCGAGGAGCGCCUGCUGAAGGCCAUCAACUACAGCAAGGGCUUUGGGAUGUUGUGAAGAAGCGUGAGAGGAAGAGGGUAGACACCACCACCGCGAUCCACGCUUAGAAGCUGUGCUGUAGCUGCUCGAUAGUAAGAACCAACAGGCGCUUGAUAGACGACCAUCGCGAUCAUUGUGAAUGCCGAAGUUUAUACUGAUGAAUGUGAGAGAAAUAGUUUUUUUUCUGUUUUGUGCGAGAAACGCGUAAAUGUUCUUCUUUUUUUUGAUCUCGUAAAACUGGUUUUACUGGAUGGCGUGUGUUUUCGUUUUUAAGCAUUUCAAAUAUCGAUGAUUUGCAUGAAGGGAAAGUUUUUUUUUCUGUCGGUUUUAGAUCCUUUUUGGUUGAUUUAUUUUUUUCGAGCUCCAUGCAAAUGAAACAAAACAAAAAACCUUGAGCAAACCAAUAAAGAAACAUUUGAACAAUCUGCCCGAGCCAUACAAUUGAAAAAGGAAA